UUCGGAAACACGAAGACACUUUAAUUCAAUUCCCUAAGAAAAAAAAAACUCUCGAAAGGGCGUUCUCCCCUUCUGUUCCAAUUAAAUUCCGCAGUGACGUAAACAUUUUGGUGUGCAGACUCGAUGAGAUUUUAACAGGAGAGAGAGAGGUGUUGUUUUUGAAGUGAUUUGAGCAUUUACCAAAUUUGCUUCGUUAAAAAAAAAACAAUACAGAAAUGGUUCGCCUCGUAAAUGGGGAAUGUAUUCAAGCCACCGUGAGGGACACCUUCGGGCAGUCGGACAAGAGGAAAUGUAUAAUUCAGUUGCAUCCGAACAAAACCGUCGAAGAGGUGUACACCGAAGUAGCGUUGGAGUUUAGUUAUGAUCCUAACACCAUUGAGCUUAUGCUGCAGAACAACAGGAUUGGAACGCCGUUGAUAUUAAAUCAGUUCAAAGACAGAACUCUGCGCGAAGCUGGUGUUGUGUUUAUCGAGGAUAGCUCGACUACGAUUAUAAUUAAUCAGUUGCGAGUUAAAUGUGUGAGCACCAACGUGCAACAACAGCAACAACAACAAGAGAAACAGCAGCAGGAACAACAGGGUGGAGUAAUGUAUGAAGAUGAUCUUUUACUCGGAGCUUCUGCCUCUCCGACGUCUAUGGAUGUUACGGCGCCGUCAAUGGAUGCGGUGGACGCUGCAGCUCUUCCGGCCAUCGAAUAUUAUACGCAGUCCGCGGGUCACAGCUCCAAGGAUAACCGACCUAUACACGAGCCGUGCAACUACGUUGGCCUCGUAAACCAGGCUAUGACAUGCUAUCUGAACAGCCUUCUGCAAGCGCUCUACAUGACUCCGGAAUUCCGCAACGCGCUGUACAACUGGGAAUUCGACGGCUCCAAUCCGGACAACUCUAUACCCUUCCAAUUGCAACGGUUGUUCCUAAAGCUGCAGACAUCGUCGAAAUCUGCUGUCGAGACGACCGAUCUGACCCACAGCUUCGGUUGGAAUAUGCAGCAGGCGUGGGAGCAGCACGACAUACAGGAGCUGUGUCGCGUCAUGUUCGAUGCGCUUGAGCAGAAAUUCAAGGACACGAAGCAGGCGAAUCUUAUCAACGAUCUGUACGAAGGAAAGAUGUUGGAUUACGUGAAAUGCUUAGAGUGCAGCACGGAGAAGUCUCGCGAGGAUACCUUCCAAGAUAUUCCGUUACCGGUUCGGCCUUUCGGUAGCACCGUCGCUUACAAUAGCGUCGAGGAGGCUCUGAGGGCAUUCGUACAGCCGGAAACGUUGGAUGGAAACAACCAGUACCAUUGUGAGAAGUGCAAUAAAAAGUGCGAUGCGCACAAGGGUUUGAAGUUUACUAAAUUCCCCUAUCUGCUUACAUUGCAUUUGAAGCGAUUCGACUUUGAUUAUUCUUUAAUGAACAGAAUCAAACUGAACGACAAAGUCGUCUUUCCUGAAGUUUUAAAUUUAAAUUCUUUUAUCACUGGAGCAAAUGCGAUGUCAGACGAGAAUGCGGAAGAGGUUGUGGUGAAGUGCGACGAUUGCAGCACCACCGAUUCGGGUUCGGCUUUGGACGACGAGAGCUGCCAGGGUACGGACGUGUCCUCGACGGUGCGUUCGCCGUAUGAAAGUAGCCAAGAGGACGACGAAGGUAUUGAUGUUAGUUCAGGUAACAAUCUCCACGAAAACGAGAAAAACAGACUGCAAGAACCGACAGGGCCUUACAAUUACGAAUUAUUUAGCAUAAUGAUACACUCGGGAAGUGCAUCUGGAGGCCAUUACUAUGCCUACAUCAAGGAUUUCGCCAAGAAUCAGUGGUUCUGUUUCAACGAUCAGAGUGUCAACAGAUUGACCGAGGACGAUAUCAGGAAAACGUACGGCGGUGGUCCACAGCGUAGUUACUAUUCAGGAGCUUACUCUUCUAGCACGAAUGCUUACAUGCUUAUGUACCGUCAGAUUGACAAGGAUAGGAAUUGCGCCGCUCUGACUAUGGACGACUUCCCUUCGCAUAUCAAGAAGCUUUUGCAGGAUAUGCGCGACAAGGAGGAGGCUGAUCGUAUCAAAAAAGAAAAGGAGAAUGAAACCUUCAAAAUAAAGGUAUACGCGCAUCAUCCGGUUAGCAAUGCUUUCAUGAGUGAUCGUUUGUUUGUAACCGUCGAGACUACACUGGAGGAAACCGUCUCUGACGUUUACUGGUUGUUUAAACUGAAGGGUAUCGUGAAUAUUCCCGACUGUCGUCUAGUCGCUUACAACAAUACUAUGGAAAGCAUUGAAUACAGUUUUACAAACAACGACAUAUAUCUCGGAGAGAUUGGUAAGAAAUGCACCGAGUUCUAUCUGCAGAUCAAAAAACCGGAUGCCGUUUUCGAGGAUUACAAAGUGGGCGGAGUGAACGUAAAGCUGUUCAUGGUUCAUCUGCUGUCAGAUGAAGUGGACAAUCCUAAGAAUAUUUGGAUUAAUCCAGGAACGACAGUCGGUGAGCUGAGGAAACGUAUUUGUACCGAUUAUGAGCUGGAGACUCUUCACAUGGUCCUGGAGAAGAGCUUCAACUCCACCUUGCAAUACCUCGACGACGACAACUUCGUUUUUCAAUUCGACUCGAUAUGCCACGGCUACAAACUUUACGUGUCUCGCUUCAUCGACAUGGAGGAAGGUGAUCUUACCUUUGGCAAUUCGAAACUGGCAAAGAUCAUUGAAAGAUUUAAGUACAUUAUCAGUUUCGAUGUCUCGUUACCGGAUGUAGAUAUAAACACGCUAGAGCAACUUUCCAUACCUCAGUUGGAUUCAAACCAAAAUUUAGAGAAGAUCGAGACUGGAUCGGGUGACCGUGCCAGUAACUCGUCUAGUCUUCGGGUGUCUCCGCAACCGGCGAUUCCUGGAUGCGAGAUGUUCAGUGAUCAGAGUAACAGCGAGGAUAGUAGCUUGAGUGACAGUGAUAGGACUUUGGUAGGCGACGCUCCUGGUGAUGAGAUUGGCAUACUGUCGACCAGUUGGAAUUCACCUGAUGACGCGUUAUCGGACGUUUACCCGAACAUACAUAAGGUGCUUAAUUGGGAUGAUCAGAGCGCGUCUGCAGGACUGGAGACGGCAGAGGAAUCUACGAAAUCUACGGACGGGGAUAAUCCAUACUUCUUAGUUUGCGACGAGGCCACUCCUAAUUACUACUUCAGAGCUGUGAAUCUUGAAAGGAAUCAGGGAGAACAGAGGAGUUGUCGUGUGAUGGUCGACAAGAGGAUGCAGCUGGGAAAUUUCAAGAAAUGCAUGGAACCACUUGUGGGUGUCUCCGUGGAAUACUUUAAGUUAUAUCAGGUGUUUCCGAAUCACACGGCGGAGUGGUUAUCGCUAACCGAGACGUUGGACUUUAUUUUCAUCAAGAAUUCGGAGCAAUUGACCAUCAAGCUUGGCCGCGUCCUGAAGAGCAACGAGGUGUCCGGCAAGAUUUUCUUGCUGGAACCGAACGCCGCCGAACCGAUAACCCUUUGGUUCGAGUGGAUCAUCGCCGAGGAUCAGUUGGUCGGCGCAGUGAAACGCGAGAUUCUCUUGCAGGCCAAGAAGCUGUUCAUGACCGAUAUUCCUCCGAACAAAUGUCGACUGAGGAAGAAGAGCAUCAAGAAUCCAUCCACCGUGUAUUUGGACGAGAAUAAGUUCACGCAGAACAUCACCGUUAAUAAUAAUUUCGAAAUGUUCAUCCAGGAGGUCAGCGAUGAUUCGGAGAAAACGGACGCCUCUCAACUGCUGCUGUUCGUGCGCCACUGGCAACCUUCGAAGUUGGUUCUGGGGCCAAUCCAGGAGGUGCUCCUGCAGGAAGCCACCAUGACCAACUUCAAGAAAGCGGUGUCGCACAAGUCUGGCAUUCCCAUGGAAUUCCUCGAGGUGGCUAUGAUGAAGAGCUCAUUUCCCUGCGACAUGAAUGUUCUCGGGGUGCAAACCAAAGUCGACUGGACACCCGAUAAGCAUUUGAUCGAUAAUUUUUCGAUCGAAGUGUACGAGGAUGGAAGCCUAUUCUAUUACAGGGAUAGCAGGGAAGUUUUAAAGGAAAUUAGCAUGGACGAGAGGAAGGAGCUGUACCAAAGUGAGAACAAGCGGCUGGGCAAGUUCAGUACGAAGUCGUAUUCGCCGAGGAGGGAGCGCGGCCUCAAAAUCUAUGUAGAUACCUCGCCUAAAAAAGAAGACGAACCCUUCUUAGACUGACCUGCCUCGUGGACAACACUAAUUUAUAAGUAAAACAAAGUCAUUCGAUGUUUAUACGAAGCGCGAUCGUGAGAAGCGCAGAAGAUUUUCUCCGCAUCCGAGCGCCGCCGCCGCAUUCACAUUGAUUGAAUCCACAUAUAUAUAUAUACUUGUAUACAACCAUUCGUAAAAAAAAAACAAAUAAUUAAUUGUAUCAUCGUCGGUGUUAAACAAUUCAAUGUUUACGACAAAAAAAAAACAUUUAA